AUGCUGACAUGGACUGUGAUGAAUCAGCUAGAACCAUCUGGAAUCAUUGCUGCAGUUUCAACAAACCCUAGUUUCGUUAAAUCUCAGCUCCGUCGCGCAACUGAAAGUUUCGAGACUAAUCAAACUCUUAUCGUCAAGAGGUUCGAUGAAAACGAAGAAAAUGAUUCCCCAAUUUCACUCCUCAGCAUUGAUUUUCGUCAAAUUGUGGCUGAUCUCAAGUUUCCAUAUUCUCGAGGUGAGUUUGAAUCUGCACCUGAUUUUAUACUUGUUGGUUCCGCUAACGGCAUUGUUUGUGUUGCUGUUGCUGCCUCUGAAACACAUCCGGAACAUUAUUGGCUUUUUUCGCCUUUAGCUAGACGAAGAACUAAUACUUAUCUUUGGAAUCCUGCUACUAGACAAUCGAAAGUUAUUCCGCCGUAUAGUUUUAGUUUUGAUAUUACUAGAGAGGCUCUUGGAUUCGGUUAUGAUCCAAUAGAUGGUGAUUUUAAGGUUGUUAGGGUUGUAGCGAAUCCUUUUUCUGCUGAGGUGUAUUCGGCUAAUAGAAAUGCUUGGCGAAAGGUGCCUAAUCCGAUUGAUUUUCCUUGGAAUGAUGAUUUCCAUGUGUGUCUUAAUGGACUCUUGUGCUGUACUGGAAUGUAUGGUAUGAUGGCGUUUGAUUUGAACAAUGAGGUGCUAAAUUGUGCCAUUAAGUUGCCUGUUUUCUCUUAUGAAGCUCGUAUUAUCGAGUGUAAUAAGGCUAUUGCUGUUGCUAUAGCAAUGGAGAAUGGAUUGGAUGCUAAGAUUAACAUGUGGACAUUGGAUGAUGAUGCAUGCCUUCGUGCGGGUGGAGUUGUGGCAUCAUGGACUUUGAUGCUUAGUGUAGAUUUGGAUCUAAUUGAACAUCCUGUUUAUGGCUACUUUGGUAAUGGGGAGCUCCUACUAAUAAUUGAUGAUGACGCAUGGAUUCUGUAUAAUGCUAACAAGAAAGAGGCCAUAAUUGUCCCGGUUUCAGUUGAUGUGUGUCAAAUUUACAAGUAUACAGAGAGCCUAGUUUCGAUCGCAGGAUUCAAACAAGUCAACUGGUGA